AACUCGAAGAGAAUGUACACACAUGAACCACAGGUCUCACAUACAUCCAUCCAUCUCCAUUCCAGCAAGAGGACACCCACACAACACAAACACACAAAUCUCACCAAGAAAAAGAGUAAAGAGUAUCUGCUACAUUUCUUGCCUUUUCUUGCACGUAGCUGGUUAAGCUAGCUACUGCAUACAUGAUACAAGCUCCAGAGUCCAGCCUGCAGCCCUUUUUAACCCCUGCAACAGCAACCAUUUCUCUCUAGCAGCCAUUUCUGCCUCUCUGAUAGCUGUGAACAAUUCUUCAGAGAGUCAUUCCCAGAGAGGACAGGUUUUCAGAGCCAUGGAUCAGGAGAGCUGCGAGAGAGCCGAAGCGGCGGCACUGCCGGAGCCGGAGCCGGAGCCGGAGCCGACGAAGGCGCAGGGAGUAGGCAAGAAGAGGAGGAGCAAGCAGCAGAGAAGGUCAUCGUCAGAGGGAGGAGCUGGGAGCAAGAAGAAGAAUGGGGAGAAGGAGUACAGGCUGGUGAGCUACGAGGAGCUGCCCGAGUACAUGAAGGAGAACGAGUUCAUCCUCAACUACUACCGCUCCGAGUGGCCCGUCCUCAACGCCGCCCUCAGCCUCUUCUCCUGGCACAACGAGACCAUCAACAUCUGGACGCAUCUGGUUGGGUUCAUGGUGUUCUUGGGGCUCACCGUGUGGCACCUCGCCCAGUACUUCCCCCAGGUGGCGCACCUCAUCGGCCACCUCUCAUGGCCAAUCUCCAAGGUUGCAGAGAAUGUCUCCAGCAACAUAGGCGAUGCCAUCUCUGGCGCAGCAUCCUUCAUGCAGGCGAACCCAGGGCUCGCCGAAGCCUUCGCCGGCGCCGGCGUGGGCCCGACGACGCGGUGGCCCUUCUUCGUGUUCCUGGCCGGCGCCAUGUUCUGCCUGCUGAGCAGCUGCGCGUGCCACCUGCUGUCCUGCCACUCCCACCGCCUCAACCUCUUCCUCAUCCGGCUCGACUACACGGGGAUCGCCGUCAUGAUCGUCGUCUCCUUCUUCCCGCCCAUCUACUACAUCUUCCAGUGCGAGCCCCGCUGGCAGCUCGCCUACCUCUCCGCCAUCUCCGUCGCCGGCGCCGGCACCGUCUACGCCCUCAUGUCGCCGCGUCUAAGCGCCGCCAAGUACAGAGCUCACCGUGCAUUGCUAUUCGUCGGCAUGGGGCUGUCCGGGGUGGUGCCCGCGGUGCACGCCGCUGCCGUGAACUGGCAUGAGCCGAGAAGGAACCUCACGCUGGCGUACGAGGGCGCCAUGGCAGCUUCAUACUUGAUUGGCACGGCGUUCUACCUCACCAGGGUGCCGGAGCGGUGGAGGCCAGGGAUGUUCGACCUCGCUGGGCAGAGCCACCAGAUCUUCCACGCGCUAGUCAUUGCCGGCGCGCUCGCACACUAUGGCGCCGCCAUCGUCUUCCUCAGGGUCCGCGACGAGAUGGGCUGCCCUGCCAAGUGAGAAAUUGAAAAUAUUAGUGGCGGGAACAUGUUGCGACAGAGAAAAAACAAGAUGGGUGUCUUUGGUUUGUGAGAUUGAUUAAUUUGUUUGUAGCAGUGAGUAAUGGAUGAUGCAUGGGUUUAAUUAUUAGUGCAGUUUUUACAGCAGGAAUGCAAGCAAGAUAUACAUAUAUAUACAGUGGUGGGUGGAUUAAUGCCA